GCACAAUUGCUUCUUCCCGCCGCUGCGUCGCUCCUGCCACUGCUGCGUCGCACCCAUUCCCUCUUUUGUCUCCCGCUGCUUACAUUCGGUCUGCUUAUCCACCACCCACGCGAAGCCAACCGUCAACCCACCAUUGGCCCUUGCACCCCUUCCGUCUUAGACAUGCAGAAGAAACAUGCAGAAUGCCACUCCGGUUUCUCCUCACGGAUGGCCUCGUUCUUUUUCUUCUCUUCCUCCACUUUUCACUUCCUCUCACGUUCUGCGGUAGUGGCAGCGGCAGCGGCAGCGGGAUCCUCUACUUGCCUCACUCGCCAUGUCAUGCUCUCCUCUUUCGUGUCGUGUCUUGCCCCCCUCCGUCUACCAAGACUCCUCCUUCAGGCUUUUCAUCAUUGCCCCCUCUCCAUCUCUUCUCCCACCCCUCUCAGGCUCCUCUCUCUCCUCUGAGCCCUGAGCCCUGAGUCCGGCCCUGGGAUUUUGGGCUCUUCUGCUUGACCGGUUCCUACGGGCGUAACGAGGCAAGGGACUGGCACUACGACUGAGACCGCAUCUGCAGCUACUUGGAGGAUUCACCACCACUCUCUCAUCUUCAUUUCCUCACACGCACCUCUCGCCAAUAUCAUCGCUGUCGCCAACGCGCCAUUGCAUGCUUGCUGCGUCCUCGGCGAGCCGUUGCCCCCCCCGUGCCAGCCUGAGAUCCGCUUUUUGGCCGUCUGCCGCUCCCCUCCCCCCCGGCCUCGCCCCGUCGAUUGUCAUUCUCCAUCCAUCAGACUGAUCCCCUCUCUCUCUUUCUCUCUUUCUCCUUGCCUUCAACCGCUCGCUCCCUUACCUUAGCUUCUCCUCUGGCCUUAUCCGCCGUCCCUCGUGUGUUUCUGCUAGACUCGGGUCUUAUCUCUUUUCUCUUUCCCCUCCCCCGUCACUUUGUUCAAUUCAACCCCCUCUCCACCCGUCUCCAUCUUCCAAGUUCUACUUUCCCCUGCCCAAAUCCUACAAACUUUUCCUGAGUUGUGACCGGGACGUUACCUCUAGCACUUCUCUAGCUCCAUCAACGCCAACGCCAACGCUUGCACUCUCACAACGUCUCAACUCUCGACUCCUUGUUAAUCCCUCCUUGGCCUGGCCAGCAUCACCAAGCUUGCCUUCUUCCACAAAGACCCACUUGGUCUGCUUCGAAAUGGUUUGCUGAACUGCUGUCACCACCGGUCCUCACUUCAACAUCAAAGUCUCGAUAUUCCACCGUAACGCUCGCUCCAAACGACAAGUUCAACCAUUUUAACCUGCUGUUUUAACUUGGCACGAUAUACUUCACGACCAUCCACGAACAGGCACCAUCUUAACUGAGUUCAUGCUUCGGGCCGCGCCACCAUUUCCAACAUGCCUCUCGAUAUCAACUCGUUACUCAACCCCGAGAAGGCCGUCAACCGGGAGACGGAGGCUCUUAUGAUGUUCACGGCCAUAUUCGAUGAAUUCAGAAAGACCUUUCCGCGGCACAGUCAGAGAGAAGGCGAAUUGGCGUACAUGGCAGACGUCACGAUGCAUGUGUUUGAUGCCUUCAAGAAGUUCACCGACGACUACCUGACGAAAGAGCGCUUGGAAUCGACCGGCCACAAUCUCGUAGACCAGGCGUACCGCGCUAAUGGGUUCAAUGACAUGGGCAUUCUGGAAUUCGCAAAAACUCAACACAAAAUGCUAAACAAUAUGAAGGAAGAAAUCAACAGCAGUGCGGGCAAUCUGAAGACCAUCAGAGAUCGUGCAGCUCCACCACAUCAAAACAGAUAUCUUCCAGAGUACAGACAACACCCUAUGGCUUCGGACUCCAGCUCCAGGUCGUCAUUUUCCGUUUUAGGAUCGAGCUCGACAACAGGGUUCUCUGCGGUGGGAUCUCAAGCAUCAUUUUCUGACAGCUCGCGCACCUAUCAUCCGUCUGAUGGUGACAGACGAUCAACCAGCCCACCAUCUCCACAUGACGAAGACGAAGAGGAGGAUGACGAUGUCUUGGAUGUGGACGACUCGGACGAGAGGAACCCGAAUCGUGUGGAUAUGGACUCUCUUCGACACAGAGGUAAGGGCGAGUACAGGUGCCCUUACUGGAGGACGUGUCAAAAAGGGGGUCAAAAUAUCAACGGGGGACCCAAAAUCUUUCACCGGAACUGCAUGUACAGGCAACACUUGCAGAAGCAUUCCAAACCUCACAAGUGCCAACUACCAGGGUGUCCAAAUAAAGACGGGUUCGCCAGGAAGGACCAGUUAGUUCGGCAUCAGCAAAAUGUCAAGCACGACCAGCCCUUACCGUUGCCUGGGGCUCGAAGGUAGUAUUGCAUCUCAGCUCAUGAAUUAGUCUGCAGCCGGGUUGAAUUCCGGACCAGCGACCGGGACAGCAUCCGGGGCAGACAGAGCAAAUUCCAUUUACAACACGACAUGAUGAUUGGGGGCAAUAGCGGUUUUUUCUCUCUUCUUCUUGCUUGGUAUAAGGGACAAGCAUUCCACGGCGUUGGGCUAGCACAAUGUAUCAUUACUCUCAUGUUGGCAGGGGUCAGCGACAGUCAUUUUGGAUUGGGACGCGCACAUGAUGCGCCUUGCAUGGGAGAACUGGUUGGUCAGAGCAGUCUGGUUCUUGACUACUGGGCGGUUGGCUGCUGUAUGAGAGAGUACCUGAGGGUUUAGCCCACCUAUGAAACAUUUGCACGGAAAUGCGUGCACAAAGUCUCACGGAC